UGCGUCGCGCAAGGAGACGGUGUGGGCUGUCUGAGGCUCCAACGACUGGAUUUUGUGGCUGCUGAUGGCUAGCAAAGAGGUUCUCCCGCUCAACCAGCAACAGAGAGAGCGAGUUGACCCGCAUACUGGCUGCAAAGACGUCGUUCCAGCUCUGGACCCGUCAUGGUGUAAGGAGGUGGAGUUCCUCAGCUACGUCCCUCCUCCUCCUCCUGCGGGAGAGGGGGAGGACUCUGACCUCUCCGUCCUGUGGCUGGAGGCUCUGGAGCUGAUGGACUCUGACCUCCGCUGGCUCCUCCUCCAGUCUCACCAGAGGUUCUGGUGUCAGGUGAUCUAUGACACUACCCUCCACAAGAUGUUGGACUCCUACCUCCGCUACGGGCCACGCCCACACGAGGCCACGCCCCCAAUAACACUGCGGGGUCGCGAGGUCAUGGCCAGGGUCCACAGACGAGUCUUCAUGACGUUCCUCCGCAUGUCCACCCACAAGGAAUCUCCCAGUCAUUUCCUGUUGGAGGACUCGUUUGGUGACAUCAUCUACAACAACUUCCUGUUUGACAUAACUCGUCUCCUGGACCUGUGCUCUCUCUACCACACCUCCAACCACGCCCUCCUCGCCAAGAUGGUCGCCAACGUCUUCGCCAGGCAGCCGCGCUAUCAGGACGACCUGAAGUCCGUCCUGAACAGUGUCCUGAACCUCCUGGAUCAGGUCACAGAGGAGUGUCACGGGAGCAGAGGGGGAGAGAGAGGGAAGAAAGGAGAGGCCGUCAAGUUGAAAGAUAUCCAUAGACAGGGAGGGUCGGAGGUGACCGGUGUGGUGGGGUACGUGGGAGACAUUGCAUACUCCCUGAGACAUUUCAUGGACGUCUACUCUCCUUCUGUACCUCUGGCUGUCGAGGCUGGACUGCUGGACAGGCUGGUGGUGUUCUAUGGAGAGGCUGUUCCUCCUCUUCAGAAGCAGUGGCUGACACUCAAGAACAGGCUUGACUCUCGCAAAGCCACAGAGGGGAAGAGGCAGCUGAGACAGGCCAAGAGAGACCUCGGCUGGCUGGUCUACACCAUGAUCAGAGCCACACCCAACUCCGGAGAGGGAGGGGCAGUGGGCGUGGCCAGAUUCCUGGAGACCAUGUCAUCCAUUAUCUCGGAGCCUAUGCUAUUGAGAGAGCUCCAGAGACAGUUCAGUCUUAUUGACACCGUGAGAGAGAUCCAGACACUCCACCCUAACUUUGACCAGACACAGUUUGAUUACCUGCUGUCAGCUCUCGGUGCAGACCCUGCCACUGAUGCAGCUGCCUCACUAACGACCUGUGUGAUGACGGGGGCAGCCCCCGGAGACGAGGAGAGCCGUGUUCUCCGUGUCCAGGAGCUCCUACCACACCUCACCAGACCUUUCAUCAUGCACUGCCUGAAAGAGUAUGGGUAUGAUAGUGAGGCUGUCAUCCAUCACGUUCUUGAAGACAACCUCCCUUCUCACCUCAGGAGACUAAUGUUGGAUGACAGCAGAGACGGAGAGAGGGAAGGAGAAGGAGGGAGAGAAGGAAGAGGAGAAGGAGGGAGAGAAGGAGGAGGAGGAGGAGGAGGAGGAGGAGGAGGGAGAGAAGGAGGAGGGUUGGUAGACCAACGAGCCAGUGUCUAUGAUGGCGAUGAAUUUGAUGUGUUCAGAAGACACAGAGACAUUGACCUGUCCCAGGUCCACAUUGGAAAGAGGUCAGUGACGAGAGGUGACACACUCGAGGACAGGUCUCAUCUGGAGACCACCAGAGAGAGAUACCAGGCCUACCAGUAUGAGAUGCCCUCCAGCGAGGACGAGGAGGGAGAGGGAGAGUAUGUGUUUGACCAGUACCAGGAUGAGUAUGACGACACUUAUGACUCUCAUAAUGUCGGAGCAGCUGACAGUAAGACCGCUGAGGACCUCUUCACUGUCAAGAGACUGAAUGUGAAGGGACUAUUCAAGAAGCAGGUUGAAGUGGCGGUAGAAGAUGAAGAGGAGGAGGAGGAGGAGGGGGGAGAGGAACAGAGGGUCACACCUACUGGUACCUGGUGGAGAGAGGGGAAAGAGGAGGGAGAGGAGGGAGAGGGGGAGCGAGGGGGAGGGGAGAGGGAAGAGAGAAGGUCGGACUGGAAGACACAGCUAAAACGGCCAGCCAAGGACACUCGCAUCAGGACAGAGGACGUCACACGAACCAAGGGCAAUGAAUUCGAGGACUACUGCCUCAAGAGAGAGCUCCUAAUGGGGAUAUUUGAGGUGGGGUAUGACGCCCCGUCCCCUAUUCAGGAGGAGAGCAUCCCAAUUGCUCUAGCGGGACGAGACCUCCUGGCCCGGGCCAAAAACGGGACUGGCAAGACGGGAGCCUUCCUCAUCCCACUCCUGGAGAAGACUGACACUGACCUCUCGCAUGUACAAGCCAUCAUAGUAGAGCCAACCAGGGAACUGGCUCUGCAGACGUCCCAACUGUGCAAGGACAUUGGGAAACACAUGUGCACUCGCGUAAUGGUCACCACUGGCGGUACCAGCCUCAAGGAUGACAUUAUGAGACUCGACGAGGCCGUCCAUGUGAUAGUGGCCACCCCAGGCAGGCUGCUGGACCUGCUAGAGAAAGGCAUUGCCAAUGCCAGUCAGUGCCAGAUGCUUGUUCUCGACGAGGCUGACAAACUCCUCUCCAUGGACUACCAGAGAGCUCUGGACAAGCUCAUCGCCUUCAUGCCCAGCGACAGGCAAAUCCUCCUCUUCUCCGCCACCUUCCCCAACCACAUCAAGGGCUUCACUGACCGACACCUCCGCUCCCCCUACACCAUCAACCUGAUGGACGAGCUGACUCUGAAAGGAGUCACUCAGUACUACGCCUACGUGGAGGAGAGACAGAAGGUCCACUGUCUCAACACACUCUUCUCCAAGCUCCAGAUCAACCAGAGUAUCAUCUUCUGCAACUCUGUGCAGCGAGUGGAGCUGCUGGCAAAAAAGAUCACCCAACUGGGCUACUCUUGUUUCUUCAUCCACUCACGGAUGGCCCAGUCGCACCGCAACAAAGUCUUCCAUGACUUCAGGAACGGGGAAUGUCGUAACCUCGUCUGCACAGACCUGCUGACGCGAGGUAUCGACAUCCAGGCGGUGAACGUCGUCAUCAACUUUGACUUCCCCAAGACCUCCGAGACCUAUCUCCAUCGCAUCGGCCGCUCCGGGCGUUUCGGUCACCUCGGGCUCGCCAUCAACCUCAUCACCCACGACGACCGCUACAACCUCUUUGGCGUGGAGAAGGAACUGAAGACGGAGAUCAAACCGGUGCCAAAGGUCAUCGACAAGCGUCUCUACGUUGCCGAAUUCCAGACAGAAAUCUUGUCCGGCGGGACCGAGUGCUCGGAGUCCGGGGUCUCGCCAACUGCCGCCGCACACCCACAGAGCUAGGCGCAGGUCCGCGCCACCCCUGGAACAUUCUGUCUUUCUUCUGCUCCUAGAACACUCAGCCAAGCUCUGACCUCCUUGCCCCACCCAUCCCUCAUCAGGCCGUCUCUCUCUGUGUGUGUACGACUUAGUAUCUAUAUGUGCGUAUGUGUGUCUGUAUGUCUAUGUAUGUAUGUAUGUGUUGUGUGUGAUGUGCCGUUUAAAUCCCUCUCUUUAAAAUUUAAUUUUCCUGUGGGUGCGUUUUGUAUCGCCCUCUUUCAAAUCUCUAUAAUACUGUCACCUCGCCUCUCUCUUCUCUAUCUCUAUUUACUGCCCGCUCUUCAAUGUCUCUCUUUCUACAUCUUCGCCGCUCCACACUAUAUUACUACCUCCUCUCCUCUCACUUCUUUUUCCCCUUCCUCCCUCCUCUUCCCAUUCCUAAAGACAAUCUUUUCCAAUUUCCCUCUCUGUCUUCAUUUCUCCCGACACCUCGAGAGCUAAGCAGUGUACUGUUGUGUCCACUACCAUCUCACCAUCCCAACCCAGUGAUUGUAGUAUAACUCCAUCCCUACCACUCAUUGGAGCCCCAGAUGCCAUCUAGGUCUGCCAUCUCCAUUCAGCCUCAGUCAUCACUGGACACAGAGUAUCACUCCUCACCUUACCACCAACACCAAUAGAGGGAAGUGGUCUCCAACCAAACCCUCUCAUCCUACUGAAUCCAGCUCUCUCGACGCUAAACUUUGACUGAACGACGACAAACAGCAACGACACUGUGUAUAUACUACUAUGCAAGCCCCCUUUCCCCUCCCUCCCUCCUUUUCCACCGUCUCCGAUUGAUCUACAAAUGAGAGGGUUGUCCUCAUGUGAUCCUCAUGUGAUCAUCUGUCGCUCUCUGCGACCGAAUCCUCAACACAGUGUCGAAUUAUUCCACGACAGACGAACUAUACAGAGACGAAAAAAAUCUUCAUAUGGCUGGAUGGAACAAUAUUGUCAAAACCACCACCAGGUGUGGUUGCCAUGCCAACCUACCAUGGCAACCAGUUCAUCACACACAACGAUGUCAUCGUGACAUCGCCAACAAAGAGAAAAUGAAACGAGAUGAAGUACGAGUUAUUGGGACACGUCAGUCCAAGAAUUUGAGAUUCGAACAAAUUGAACAAGAAACAUGUUUUAUGUAUGGAUAAUUGCUUUUUUUCACAGGAGAGCAUUUGUCUCUCUGUAGGCUAGGCCCGAACACAAGAUUAUGGAAAUGUAUGAAAAAUGAGUUUCAAGACUCAACGAAGUUGAGGCAAUGGUUGCGUUGCUCUGCGCGCAUGCUGUGAAGAUA